AUGCCGGUGUGCUACAGAGCCUUCUCCCACCGCCCGCCACCCCUCACCCCAGGACCCCUCCCUCCUCCCUACGAGCCCAGCCAGCCCCUCGAAACCCUGCUCACAGCCCCUCAGAACCAGGGUCCCCAGGAUGUAAACCCACCCCAGGAGCCGAUGCUCAGCAUCCCAGAUCCGUCCGCCCAGGACCUGUCGCCCCUCGGGACCCGCCAGCCCCCAGGACCUGUCAUCAGCCCCCCGCGCUCUUUCCCCCUUCCCGCCGCCUCAGCACCCUUGGAACCGUCCGAGCACCGUCUAAAGCCACUGCGUUCGCCGGCCGCCCGUCUGCGGGCCCCGCCGCCCUCUCGGUUCUCCCGCGUCGAAAGUGUGUUCCUGCCCCCGUCCCCGGCAGCAGCAAACGAGCCUUUCCUGGAUGAAGUGGGGAUCAUGACUCUGGCGCCCCUGGCCGACAUGCUAAACAGCCCGCAGCCCGGCGCCACAGCACGCCCAGCCGCGAACCCCCUGACCGGCCCCCUCAGCCCCCUGCUGCCUGGCCCGGGCUCUCUGUCACAGAAUGGCACGCUCACCAGCCUCCUGACCGGCCCCAUGGCG